AAAACUAGCGCGUAACGUUGUUUGACUAUCACAAACGCAUACAUUGUUUUGUCAUCAUAAACAUCAAACUCGACUUGUAUAGCCUUAGCUCACACAUAACCUUUGAACGGUAAAAGACAAUUUCUAUUUUUCAAGCAAUGGGGAUGUAGCUCAGAUGGUAGAGCGCUCGCUUAGCAUGCGAGAGGUACCCCGAUACCCCGCAUCUCCAAUUUUUAGCCUUCAUUUCUAAUUUAUGUCUUCAUUCUAUAAAUGAAACAAUCAAACAAAGACUACUGAUGAAAAGUAUGUUGCAACAUUUCCCACUAUAUGCAUUAUUAAUUGCGAAAGUAGAAGCCUAAUGAUUUUUGUGUUGCCUUUAAUAAUUGAUUUAAUUAUCAUCAAACUGAAAAUAACUAAAAGGAGCUAUUGUUGGUUUUGUAAGCAACACCAACUAUUGCUGGUGUAAGUUUAUUUGAUUUUCAUGAGCCAUUGACAAAAUGAAUAUAUAUAUAUAUAUAUCUAUUUCUCCGUUUACUCUGAUGUUGAUGGCCAAGAUAACAAUUCAUCAACUAUUUGUUCCUUAACUUUAAACGUCUUUGAAGAAUGAAUUAUCGAUUAGUGAUUUAAUUAACCCUUCUUAUCAAAUUAAUAUUCGCUUAUAUAAUAACUCCAUGUGUGUCAAGUAAGUCACUCUAUGUUUGUUCUAUAUAAUGUUUAAGCUUGACACCAAAGUUCUAGGUAUAAAAGAAUUUACGCAACACCAAUUUUGAUGUAAUUUACAUUUUCAACUGCUUAAAGCAAUGAGUGAUUAAAAAAAAAAUAUGACUGUUGGCAAAAAAAAAAUUAAUGAUUUUAUGAAAUUUAUCACGAUGGUUUUAUUAAAAAAAGUAGCGAAAAUUUAUUCAAAUCGCCAUUUCUUCUGUUUGUAUGGUUAAAAGGAAGACAUAUAAAGGAUUUAGCCAAACAAAAGUUGAUCUAAUGAAUGACAAUGUGCAUUUCACGUUUACAUAUCUUAAUCAAUAGUUAAAACACAAUCAUGUAAAACCUUAACCUCCCUAACCACAUCUUUGUUAGAAUGGGAAAAGAUGGAAGCAACACAUCGAAACAUGCCUUUCGCUUCACUCCUACUCAAUCCUUAAUAUCCCAAAUAAAAACCAAACACUCCCUAAACACCUUUCUCUCUAAUUUCAACAGAAAAUUUACCAGAUUCGCCACUAUGAGCUUCUUGAUUCCUAACAGAGGAGCAGUGGGCGGAACCAGGAUUCCUCUAUCAAUCAUCGUUCUUGUUCUAUGUGGUUUUAUGUUCUUCGUUCUCUUAUACACUGAAAGAAUCAGCUUGAUGUCUUCUUCCUCUUCAAAUUUCCUCAGGUCAAAGUCUUGUCCGAGGAAAAACAUCAGCUCGAAACCUAAGGAGAAAGUUCGAGAGGAGAGAUCAGAAAAGAUGGAUGUUCUGGACGACAGGUUCGAAUUCGAUCCAGAAGAGUGUAAUGUUGCAGCAGGGAAAUGGGUUUACAAUAGCUCAGCUGAGCCACUCUACACGGAUGAAUCAUGUCCAUACAUCGACCGUCAAUUCUCUUGCAUGAAAAAUGGAAGACCAGAAACUGAUUAUCUUCGGUGGGAAUGGCAGCCUGAUGACUGUACUAUCCCACGAUUUAAUCCGAAGUUAGCAAUGAACAAACUCAGAGGAAAAAGAUUGCUUUUUGUCGGAGAUUCUUUGCAACGAAGUCAAUGGGAGUCGUUCGUGUGUUUGGUGGAAUCAAUAAUACCCGAAGGAGAAAAAUCAAUGAAGCGUAGCAAAAAAUACUUUGUCUUUAAAGCAAAGGAAUACAAUGCGAGUAUAGAGUUUUACUGGGCACCGUUUAUUGUGGAAUCGAACACGGAUUUGCCUGUGAUUUUGGAUAUGAAGAAGAGGGUAGUAAAAGUGGAUUCAGUGGAAGAUCGAUCAAAGUAUUGGGAAGGAGCUGAUAUUCUAGUUUUCAACACAUAUGUUUGGUGGAUGAGUGGACUCAGAAUGAAAGCUUUGUGGGGUUCAUUUGGAAAUGGAGAGAGCGGUGCGGAGGCAUUAGACACACCAGUGGCUUACAGGUUAGGGCUCAAGACAUGGGCUAAUUGGGUUGACUCUACCGUUGACUCUAACAAGACCAAAGUCUUCUUCACUACCAUGUCCCCUACUCAUACUAGAAGUGCGGAUUGGGGGAAGCCAAACGGGACGAAGUGUUUCAACGAGACAGAGCCAGUAAAAGAUAAGAGGUUUUGGGGAACUGGGUCGAACAAGCAGAUGAUGAAAGUGGUGUCAAGCGUCGUGAAGCACAUGGCCACGCACGUGACUGUCAUUAACAUCACGCAGCUCUCGGAGUACCGCAUCGACGCCCACACAUCGGUCUACACGGAGACUGGGGGAAAGAUGCUAACGGCUGAGCAGAGAGCUGAUCCAAUGCGUAACGCUGAUUGCAUACAUUGGUGCCUCCCUGGAUUGCCCGAUACGUGGAAUCGGAUCCUAUUGGCUCAUUUGUAAACAAAUAAAAAGCUAGGAAACAUGCAUGUACGUACUAAGGAUGGAUGUAACGGGAAAACCCAACUCCUCUCUCUCGCUCUUGUGUUGUCAUCAGUAUUUUUUUUGAAUAUAUGUGAUUGUAACGUUGUAAACAUAAACAAGAGGUGGAGAAAACUGAAAAGAAAAGGAACAAAAAUUUGUUAUUGCAAGAAAUUUGUUCAUUCCUGUCCUAAA